UAGCAACUGAGAGUUGGGGGAGAGCCAUGAGCAACGGACAGGCUGGUCAUUUAUCGCAUCCAUCCAAGUCGGGUCUCCCCCAGUUCGAGGAAGAGCAUGACCCGGCCCGGAUGGCCUCGCCCCUUCCGACCGGCGGAGGCUACCGGAAGAAGGGCACGGACGUGCGGGCCUGGUUGCUGGUGGACGUGACGGGGCAGGCACAGGUGAUCGAGGCCGGCAAGCACGCCAUCAUGCGGCGCACGGGCCUACCAGUGCGGUACCUUCGGAUCCUGGACCCGCAUCUCUCGUACCCGUCGACUAUGCUUGGUCGAGAGCGAGCCAUCGUGAUCAACCUGGAGCACAUCAAGGCCAUCAUCACCGCCCAGGAGGUGCUGUUGCUCAACUUUCGGGAGCCAUCUGUCACUCCUUUUGUUGAAGAGCUCCAGCGGCGGCUUAUGCGUCACUACAACGCCACCACCGCGCAGGGGGAAAACGAUGAUGGUUCAAAGGGGAAGAGUUUGUAUGAAGUGGAACAACUGCAAUCAAGGGCUUGUAGUUCUCAAACAUUCUCCGAAGAAUUUUCGAAGUUCAAGGAUCAUCAAGAUGAGUCACCUAAGGUGAAAGGACACGUUGAUGUUGAGAGUCAAGAUAGGUCAAAGGUUCUUCCAUUUGAAUUUGUUGCAUUAGAGGCAUGCCUUGAGGUUGCUUGCAGUUGCUUAGAAAGCGAUGCAAGGGCAUUGGAGCAAGAGGCUAAUUUAGCGUUAGAUAAGCUGAAUGCAAUGAUAAGUAGUCUCACUUUAGGAAGAUUUGGCCAAAUUAAAAGCCAUUUGGCUGAAAUAACUGGACGUGUUCAAAAGGUAAGGGAUGAAGUAGAACGCUUACUUGAUGACGAUGAAGAUAUGGCUAAGAUGUAUCUAACUGAAAAGACGUUGGUUCAGAAACACCUAGAAAAUGCUUGUGCUUCCUGCAUGAAUCAGACAGAUGACAUAGUUGAUGAAGGUUCUCAUUCAGACAUUGUUGACAGGAUGCCUGCUGAAAUCUCAUCAUUGGAAGCUAAUGGGUGUUCCACUAGCUAUGAAGGUGCGAGCACUAUUCGGACUGCCGUGGACAACAACCUCGAUGUAAAGGAGCUUGAAAUGCUCUUGGAGCCAUACUUUGUGCAAGUUAACGGUACACUAAAGAAACUAUCCACGCUGAGGGAGUACGUAGACGACAGCAAAGACUACAUCAACCUAAUGAUGGAUGACAAACAGAACCAGCUGCUGCAAAUGGGGGUGAUGUUAACAACAGCAACCCUUGUGUUGUGUUGCUUUACAGUAGUGGCUGACGUUUUGGGUAUGCACAUCCGUAUCGAGCUGUUCAAUGAUCAAAUGACAGGCAUGAAAAACUUCUUGUGGAUUGUUGGGGGUGGCACCGCUGGGAUGAUUUUCUUAUAUGUGUUUGCUAUUGCCUGGUAUAAACGCAAGAGAUUCCUAUAGUAGCCCAUUGAUUGGUACUGCUCCUUUUG